CGUGGGGCGGCGCCGUACUCAGAAAGCGGUUCCUACUUCCACUUUUAUUUUAAUGAAUAUAUGUAUUCGUUUAGUUAAUGUUACGAGCCCAUUCCUAUCUAAAGUAAUCGUUAAUGCUUCGUACAUACGUGAUGCUUGGAACAUGUCAGCAGACAGUUUUUUCUAUGAUCAAUAUGACCGUCAUACAAGGAAGAGACACAGAUAGUGUCUUCAGACAGUCUCUUGUACGUUGUAUUAGCAGUGUGACAGUGGCAUCUUCUGCACAAAAAUAUUUGUAGAUUUGUUGAUACUCAAAUGUUUUCCUACCCACAGAUGCACUUCCCGGCGCUCUUGCUCUUCCUCUCGCUGACAUGGGCCUCCACAAGUGGAAUCAGCCUGCUGUCUCCACUCAGCUACUUCACUUCCGGCUUCAGGAGCCUGGCCAACUACAAGCUGGGCACGACCGCCAGGCUGAUGUCCUACAUUACGGGUGACCGCGCCGUCAAAGCCAGCGUCAACCUCAAAAUUGCCGAGAGACCAACCAUCGUGGAACCAGACCAAGUGGCGGUCGUUGAGGACGUGGCGUUGCCGCCCAGCGCCCACGUCGAGAGCCAAAUCCUGCCGAUUCCACAAGAGGUGCUAGAUCAACAGAUCGAAGAAUUCAAGAAGCACUUCGAAUCCGGUUACGCUGUGCUCAACCAUGCCAACGGACAGCAACAUCAACAGCAACACGCGCCGACCUUGACGAUCUCCCUGCCACUCGACCAGUACAAGGAGUUUAUCUCUGCCGGAACGACAGGCGGCGAGCUCAUGAGAGUGGCUGUGGUGACGCAGGAUCUUCCUCAACCCCAGUAUUCUCACGUCCCAGCACAACUCUGGCACCUUCAGCAAUCUGAGCAGCAACAAUUCGAUGAGCAAAAACAUCAUCAGCAACUUCUUCACCAGUAUCAACAACAGUCUGAACAGCAGCAACAGUCACAUCAUCAGCAAUACGAACAUGAAUCCCAGCAGCAACAGUUCGAUCAGAAACAGCAUGAACAGCACCAGCAUAAUCAGCAACUUCUUCACCAGUACCAACAACACCUUGAGCAACAGCAGCAGCAGCCACAGAGCCAGUUGGAAGCACCUCCGACCGAGGCUCAUUCUUCUGGGGAUCAGUACCCGGAUCAUACUGAGCCAACUGAACUCGCUGAGGAUUCCCAGGGAACUCUUCAGAAGCUCCCAGGAGCAUCCUCCUCGCAUUCUCACGUGUUUCCCUACGGGCAAUGGGUCGCACCAGAACUUCCAAUGUCGUCCCUCGAGCAAAUUCCCAGCAGGCUGGCCGAGUUCCAGAGCGGUCUGCAACGACAGGCUUCGCAAGUCCUGCAACAGAUUCCGUCCCCAGUGGCACCCAACCUCUUCCCACUUUUGCAGCAGCAGGAGUCUCCCGCUUUUUCUCAAACUUCCACUGCCGACGCGCCUUCUUCCUCUUCAAACGAACAAGACGUGGUCAUUCCUGGAAGCCAGUUUCCAGACCUUCAGGAACUGCAAGCAGCUGCUAAUGAUGUCCAGUCCGAAGGUACCUCUAAUCAUAAUACGGAGAUGUUUGGAAAGCCCAAUGUCCAGAGUCCCCAUACCUCUGCUGAGUCACCGGACUCCACACAAGCGUCUUCUAGCGUCCACGAGGAAAGGAAACGUCGCAGCGCAUCCGAUGACGAGCCGACCCCGACUGUCGAGCCAGAGUCCACCGAGUUCAGCAACGCAACGGUUCCAGAUGACCAGGUGGAGGAGUACUUUCAGUUCAUCAGGGCCCACGACGAGGACCAGUGCCUGGCGAGACUCAUCUGCAUGAUGUCCACAGAGCCGAACGGCUUUGGCGCGUACGCCAAGCAAAUCGACAGUUUCUUUAGAGCGUACAGUCCCCGGUCCAGCCAGCAGUCCGCUGCCUUCUACAAAGAGGCGGCGACGGCGAGCCGUUCGAACGAAGACUGCGCCACCAGAUUCGCCCAAUGCCAGAUGGACAGCGAUCAACUCAAGAAGGCCGUUAAUCUAUAGACAUUUAAACUUUAAAUAUCCCCCCCCCCCCCCCCCCAACCUAGCAUAUCGAAUUUGAUUGAAGAAUGAAGGGUCGAAUUCAAUUGAAGAAUGAGAGAAGGAAGGGAUGAGCGCCUUCAUCCGCUUCCUGUGUAUAUCUGUACAGCGUGCUUGUCACUUCCGGUUUCUAAUAAAACAGUUAUUCUGUGUUUAA